AUGGAUCCACCAGAGUUUGAUCUCGAAGCUUACCUUGAAAAAAGCAAGAGAGAAGACACUUAUGUACUCAACCACUUUAGGGAGCGUCGAAAUCUAAUAUUGGAGGGUAGCGCACCUCGUGGUAGAAAAUAUCUCAGUAGAGAUCAUGCAGGGGCAAACCAAAGGCUAAUUGACGACUACUUUGCCAAUCAGCCUACAUACGACGAUGGAAUAUUCCGUCGCCGGUACCGGAUGCAAAAACAUGUGUUCCUUCGAAUCGUUGCGGACCUUUCAAGUAGUGAUAGCUACUUCACCCAGCGAGUCGAUGCAGCGAAGAAAGAAGGUAUAUCGCCCUUAGCAAAAUGCACCACAGCAAUGCGAAUGUUAGCAUAUGGUGUGGCAGCAGAUGCAGUCGACGAGUACAUCAAAAUAGGAGAGACUACAGCAUUGGAGUGUGUACGCAGAUUCUGUAAAGGAAUCAUACGAUUGUAUGAGCAAGAGUACAUGAGAGCACCAACCCAAGAGGACCUGCAAAGAAUACUACAGGUUAGUGAAAUGCGGGGGUUCCCAGGCAUGAUCGGGAGUAUUGACUGCAUGCACUGGGAGUGGAAAAAUUGUCCUAAAGCAUGGGAAGGUCAAUUUGCUAGAGGGGAUAAGGGAACCACCACAGUUAUUCUUGAAGCAGUUGCAUCUCCUGAUCUUUGGAUCUGGCAUGCCUUUUUUGGAUGUCCGGGAACCUUGAACGAUAUAAACGUUCUAGACCGGUCACCAGUGUUUGAUGAAUUGGAACAGGGAAACGCUCCACGUGUGAAUUUCAUCGUGAACCAACGUCCCUAUAAUAUGGCAUACUAUCUAGCUGAUGGUAUCUACCCUUCUUAUCCAACUUUUGUCAAGUCUAUUAGACUUCCUCAAACUGAACCCGAUAAGUGCUUUGCAAAACAUCAGGAGGGAUGUCGGAAGGACAUCGAACGUGCAUUUGGAGUGCUUCAAGCUCGUUUUAAAAUCAUCCGUGAACCAGCUCGCUUCUGGGACAUAACUGAUUUGGGUAUCAUCAUGAGGUCAUGCAUCAUAUUACAUAAUAUGAUUGUUGAGGAUGAACGAGAUACAUAUGCUCAACGCUGGACCGAUUUUGAGCAAGCUGAGGGAAGUGGAUCUAGUACACCGCAACCAUACUCGACCGAGGUGUUACCCGCUUUUGCGGAUCACGUGCGUGCUAGAUCCGAGUUCCGUGAUCCAAAUGUCCAUCACCAACUACAAGCAGAUCUAGUGAAGCACAUCUGGGCAAAGUUUGGAAUGUAUGAUGAUUAAAUAUGCUUUGUAUCGUACUAAUUACGUUAUUUG